UGGAGGACAGCUCAGACGAGGACGAGCCUCUCAUCAGGAUAAUAAAAAAAGCUCCAAGCGAUGAUCAGCUGAAGGAGACAGUUCAGAGUCUGCUGAAGGAAGCCAACCUGGAGGAGAUGACCAUGAAGCAGAUCUGCCAGAAGGUGUUUGACACAUAUCCACAACACGACCUGAGCAGCAGGAAGGACUUCAUCAAACAGACGGUCAAAUCUCUCAUCACCUGAAGACCUGCAGACUCUGUCUCUGUCCCUGUCCCUGUCUCUGAUGGUGUCCCAGUCUGUCUCUGAUGGUGUCCCAGUCUGUCCCAGUCUGUCUCUGAUGGUGUCCCAGUCUGUCUCUGAUGGUGUCCCAGUCUGUCUCUGAUGGUGUCCCAGUCUGUCUCUGAUGGUGUCCCAGUCUGUCUCUGA